CGCGCACCAGAUAGCGAGACCGCGCUAAUUCCUUUUUUUUCCUUUUUAUACUUGUUGCUUACAGUGAUUUCGCGAUAUUCUCCACGGAUCAACUCCUAAACCGUUACACAGCAAUCGAGCUUAUUUUUUGUGCCAGGCGCGUUAUCAGUUAAGAUGCUCGACUCAAGAAUUGCAAAGAUUUUCUGAGCCAAUUUGCUCAUACUAAGAUCGUAUGCAUAGGGUAGAUUGCGGAUAUUUAUGCAUCUUAUUUGAAAGAACAAGAAGAAAGUAUUCGAACACUUGUCAUGGAAUUUUUUUUAUGAAUAUAUUAUAUAGAUUAUACGGAAUUUUUUGAAAUUUCAUUAGUAUUGCAAUGAGAUACGAUUAUCGUGAUUAUAAUAGUAUAAUUUGAAACCAAUCUGAAAAUGUAUAUGAAAGUCUUUGUAAGACAUUUAUUACAAAUACAAACUUAGUGAAAAAUUAGUAUACAUUAUGAAUAGUAGUCUUAAAUAUGCAAUUAAUGCUAAAGUGAUAGUUCUAUUACAUAUAGCAGGUAAUUAAUAUAGUGAAUAAUUGUCUGUUUAAAUACUUUGGUGAUUUUUGCGACGAAAUUUCGCCAAUAUAAUCACUUAUGAGAUAUGCUAAUGUGAUUUCAAAAUGUUUUGUAUAAUAUAUACAUACAUAAAAAGGAUUCUAGUAUUGUUGGAAUAUGACAACGAAAUAAUUAAAAUAACAGAAAUUAAGUAUACAUAUUCUAUUGAAUUAUAAUAAUUAUAAUUGAGAUACUAAUAUUAACUGUACGAACUUGUUGCCUUUUAAUGUGUAAUGGAAAUAUCCUCGUGGAAAGUUAUGGCUAUCAAGCUGUCAAUUUGUACAAUAUAUUUCACCGUUUAUCACGCCAUUUAUAACAAAUUAAGUAGUCUGUUCUCAAACGUAAGUCGCUUAAAAAUUUGUUCGCAACGGAAUUUUGCAAAUUAAAAGGCAAAUUGCUUAACUUAACCCAAAUAUUCUAGCACUCAAAUAAUCCUACCUUACGCUAUAUUCGCAUUAGAAUUGAAUCAAUGUUACAAAUCGAUAUUUCUUUUUUACAAGGAUGUAUAUGCAAUACAUGAUAGUAUACAUUAAUAGAGAAGGAAACACGAUGAAUUUUGGAGGAUUAACUUUUUGAAGAAGAAUGAUCGAAAAGAUUAAACGUCGAUGAAAAAGCGGUAAUAAACAUACAUAUAUAGUUCAGAAAAAAGAGAGUCGAUAUUGUUGUGAUCGUGAAAGAGGCUAAUUAAUGGCGCCAGCAUUGGGCCAUGUCUUCUUUCGCCCGGACUUCCUUUUCCAAAAAUACGAGCUGCAGGAUAAACGUCUAAGGAGUAUUUUCAAUAGUGCACAAGGUGCACAGAAUGGAAGAGGAAUGCCCCCAGAAGAAUAGAAGAGACGAGACAAUGAUGCAGACUACGGUCACGGGACCGAAUACCUCAUCGAAUAACGUUUGCGACAAUCGAGCACGUGUUUCCUGUCAAGAAGAGUUCACGUGUUCUCUGUAUAUCUCGCGUGCCGUCGGACCGCAAGGUCAAGUGCAAGGAAUACCAGGUGGCGAGCUGCUACGUUCCAACCUAGAAGAUGUGAUCCACGCGUCCGAUCCAUUGGCAGCCUGGCACGUGUCUGAAACACCGUGUGGCCUGAUUGCUGCGUUCACACGCGAAGCUGACGCAGAGAAACUGUUGCAGCGUGGCGAUUUGGCGCGUAUUUUCGAAGGACCCGUACAAGUGGCUCGAUUCUCAGCAAAGGACUCUCGUUAUAGACAGGCGGUUCUUCUUCGUGAUGUACCCUGGGCCAUUCCAUUGCAAGAUAUUAACUCCGCGUUGACGAAACAGGGAAUCACGACAGGAAGUGUUGAACGUUGGCGACAAUAUAUACGCGUCGAGGUGCUGGACGCCGGGCAUUACGAGCUAUUGUUGCGUCAAGGACUGGACUUCUUCGGUGCGGCUCGAUUCAGUGCCAUCCCAGAACGUUGGUGGCGCGGAGGAACCGGAAAUGCCGGUGGACCGCUGCAGGCAGGACCGGGAAUAGUCAGCAACUUUCUUGAGACAUCCAACUUCCAAACGGGAGAUGGUGUGCUUCAGUGUUAUCGGUGCCAGGGUUUCUGGCACAUGGCUGCCAACUGUAGACAUCUGCCACGUUGCGUUCGAUGCGGGGAGCCUCACAGCGUUGAGUUUUGUCCCAGGCCUCGAAACAAUCCUAUCUGCUGUCAUUGUUCCGGCCCUCAUCAUGCCGGCUACCGACAAUGUCCGGUUCGGCAGCAACUUUCGAACGCUACGCCUAUUAGUAUCACGCUGAGCACUACCCGGAUUGGAAACCAGUACCCGGUGAACGCGGCUUCAAAGACGAACGCGUCCGCUCACGAGCAGCAGCCCUUGAAAUCGAGUCAAUCUUAACGAGAAA